AACAAGGCAAAAUUAAAAUAUUUUGUUAAACGUUUAACUUAUUUAAAAUAUUGUUUUAGUUUUUAAUUGUGUUUUCAUACUAAAAUUCUAUUCUCUAAUGAAUUUCACCAAAAAAGAACAGCGUUUGUAUCUACUUGUUGAAAAUUUGUUCAGUUAUUCAUAUGACUAAAUAGGAAGUGUCGCCAUGGCAACGAUGUUAAGCCUAUUAUUUAAAGAUGUACUUAAAAUAUUAACAACCAACUGUGAAUUUACAAAGAUAAUUGUAGCAUACCGGCUAGCGGGAUUAUCCGUAAUAAAUUUAGUAAUUCUUAAAGCUAAUGGGGGAAAUGCUAGAUUCAGAUGAUUUAUUGGCCAGAGAAAAUGAAUUCAAAAAACUUAAUAAACAACUGGAAAAGAAAACAGAAAUACUAAUGAAAGAAAUCGAACAAGUUAUGCAAAGACAGGACAUAUUUUCAGAAUUUACAGGUUCCUUAUCAAGUCCUAUAAACCACCGUAGUAAAAGGCACUAUUGUGAUACGCCAAGCAUUAAAACAUCAGACAAGGUGUGUGCAGAAACAAAAACUGUAGAAAAUGGGACACCAAAAAAAAUCAACAGUAAAAAGAUUGAUAUUAGAAAUGUUGAUAAUUCAAAUAUAGAAAUAAAAAAAUGUGUGACAAAUGUUUGUGAAUGGUGCAAUUUAAGUACUAAGAAGAAUAAUGAUUUAGAAUUUUUGUAUGCUUUCGUCUCAGUUAAUGUUAAGGAUAAUGUUUUGCCACAGUCAUUUUUAAAGGGUGGUGUGAAUAUUGAAAAUGUAUGCAAGUUUCUAUCAGCCAAAUUGAAAUUGAUGCAAGAACAGAUUGACAAACUGCAAGCUAAUAUAGACAAAAUGGCUAAACAAUGUGACAGCCACAUGAGCCAACUGGCUGGAUUGGAGAGUGAAAGACUGACUUUGGUGAAUAAGGCGAAUAACUUAAGAUCGGAAAAUGCGGAUCUCAAAGCAAAGUAUGCUGCCUCCAAUAAUAGAAUUAAUGAAAAGGACCGCUUAUACAAGGAACAGAGAAGUCUAGCAGACAAACUGACGAACGAAGCUAAAAGCUUGCGCUAUAAGAACGCGAAUGUCGAAGCGCGUUGUGCUGCCCACGAAGAAACCAUUGCUACCCUCAAACAACAACUCGAAACCUCCAAGAUGGCCGAAAAAGAAUUCCGUGACGCGACACGCAACCUCUCUGCGUCGCAUCAGAAUGCAAUCUGCCGUUUGGAAGCGAAAGUGAAAUGCCUGACUACCCGCAUUGACAAGCAAAUGGCGCUCAUAGACAAUCUGAAGAAGCAGAACGCGUUGCUUGCCACAGAGGGCGCUUUGAAGGCUUUGGAGAGAGAUUAUUAUGAUUUCUUAAAUUCUGAUUUGUAGUUGUAUGUUUCUUUAUGUGCAAUAAUUAUAUACGUUCGUAUGAAUAUAUCCUUUUUGUUCCGAUCUUAUGCCACUGAAAAGCUAAUAUGUUGGCGAUAUUAAAACUUACUAAUAAUAAAUCCCCUCUCCUAUUGACAACACGGAGUAAGUGUGGCAAUUAUGGCAGCUAUCCUCCUUGGAAUUUUACCUUUUGGCCAGCUUUGGUUCUUCCUACAGCGCCAUCAAGUUUCGCCCUAGCUACGUGUCCUGCCCAAUUCUUAUUUUUUUAAAUACGCAAUGCAUCUUACCACUGUUUUAUUACAUAGCAAGAAUUACAUUUACGAACAGUACUUGUGAGCAGGGCCUGAUUAACCCUUAGGCUAAAUUAGGCUCCAGCCAAGGGUGCGACGACCUAGAGGGGCGCGCCAAAUUCGCGUCUUCGCUAGAUGCUAAGCGUCAUGCCCUGCAUAUUUAAACUAGACCGAGACAAAACACUAAGUAUACUGUGAACUACAUCUACAAGCAGAUAGGCGAUUUUAGCAUUCAUAUUAGAUGAAGAAUCGACGGUUAAGAAAAUCAAUAGAUGACUGUUAUUAACUGCAGCUUCAAAGGUCUUUUUCAGCAAGUAAAAGAGUAAAAAGUUACCUAGAGCGGUCAGGACUCUCCAUCAGUCUCUGAGUGCGAGCCUAGUCCUAUAAGUUUAUUUUAUUUAAAUAAAUGUUCCUUUACA